AUGUCAAACGAUAUGUCCGAACUCGAGAAAUCAGUCUCCGACUCGACAAAUGCACAAGGCACGAAAUAUAACACAAAUAAAGAGCCUCCUUACUCAGUAUUUGAUCGGCGGGAGAUGAUAAUUAUUGUUAUAAUAGCUGCUUUUACGACGGUGCUUCCACCACUGACAGCGAGCAUCUACUACCCCGUGAUCACCGUGCUUGCAAGAGAGUUGUCUGUUUCAGUCAAUGACAUCAAUCUGACAAUCACAGUCUACUUAAUAGUUCAAGGCAUAGCUCCGUCCUUCACAGGGAAUUUGUCCGACGAGACUGGUCGCAGGCCCGCGCUUAUCAUUUGCUUUGUCCUCUACAUUGCUGGCAGCAUCGGUGCAGCUGUGAAGGGAAGGUAUGCAGUUUUGAUGUCAAUGCGAUGUAUUCAGGCUGCCGGAAUCAGUGGAACAAUUCCCCUAUCCCAAGCCAUAGUUUCGGAUAUUGUGACGUCGGCGGAAAGGGGGAGUUAUACCUCAUAUGUUCAACUGGGGUGGAUGGUUGGCCCGACAUUUGCACCAAUAAUUGGUGGAUUGUUAAGUCAAUACCUGGGAUGGAGACCCAUCUUCUGGUUCCUCACCAUCUUCGCAUCAGUCGUCUUCGUUAUCCUCCUCAUCUUCCUCCCCGAGACAAGUCGCAAAAUCGUCGGAAAUGGUUCCAUAGCCGCCCCGAAAUGGAACACGUGCAUAAUCUCCUAUCUUCAUACUUGGUUGCGAAGCAACGGGGACCAUGUCAACACGAUCCAGUCUCAGUCUCCCAACGGCUCCCACAAAUUCCACAUAUCUGAAAUCAACCCCUUGCGAUCACUAAGUCUGUUCUUCACCGAUAAGGAGACGUCUAUUCUUCUUUUAUACAGCGGCUCCAUCUACGCAAGCACUUACAUGGUUUUAUCCAGCAUGCCCGACCAACUGCAAAUGAAGUACAACCUCACCACACUGCAAGGCAGUCUGUGCUAUUUCUCCACCGGUUUCGGCACGAUGUCAUCCGUUGUGGUCAUUGGCCGUCUACUCGACUGGAACUUCCGUCGUCACGCUCGUAUGCUCGGAAUCGAAAUCUCCAAGGACAAACAGCAAGAUCUCACAGGCUUCCCUAUCGAGCGCGCUCGUCUCCAACUCGGCAUCCCAUUCAUCAUCUUCUCCGGUAUCAUGCUACUCGUAUAUGCCUGGACCCUGCAAAUCCAAACACAUCUCGCGGUGCCCUUGAUAUUUCUAUUCUUUCAAUCAUUUGGUAGCUCAUGCGCAUAUUCCUGCUUCAAUAAUCUGAUCAUGGAUUUGAAUCAGCAAAGACCGGGCACCGCCUCUGCGGCGCUGAACCUGUCUCGAUGCUGGAUGGGGGCCGGGGGUGUGGCGCUUACCGGUCCUUUGAACCGCAUCGCUGGAAUCGGGUGGAUGGGCGUUGUAAUAGCCGGGGUUUGGCUUGCUUUUAGCCCGUUCAUUGGCCUGGUUAUUAGAUCUGGUCUGAGAUGGAGGGAGGGGAGGUUGAGGGAGGUGUCAGGGGAGUGA